AUGCGGGCGGGGUUUUUGUCAGGGGGCGGCUAUCUGACUACUUAUUGUCAUCUGAUUUCUCUAUUUGCGUACAUUUGCCAUUCACUGGUGUUGCCAGAAUCCUUCAUUCUUUCUUUCAUCCAUCUUUCCACUUUUUCUUUCUUUCUUUCUUUCUUUCUUUCUUUCUUUCUUUUAUCCAUCCUUCGAUUUUUGUUUGUUUGUGUCUUUCUUUUUUCGAUGGAUCCUUUAUUUCUUUCUUUCUUCCAGCCAUCAAUCAAUUCUUUCCUUCAUUCAUCCGUCUUUCAUCGAUCUGUCUUUUCAUUCAUGCUUUUACUUUUUCUCUUUAACCGAUUUAUCUUUCUUUCUUUCUUUCUUUCAUUCUUUCUUUCUUUCUUUCUUUCUUUCUUUCUUUCUUUCUUUUUUUUUUUUUUUCUUUUUUUCCUUUAUUUUCUUUCUUCCAGCAUUUUCAUCCAUCUUACUGAUUUAUUCUUUCUUUUCUUUCUUUCUUUCUUUCUUUCAUCCAUUCGAUUCUUUCUUUCUUUUUCUUCCAUCCUUCGAUUUUUUUUCGUUCUUUUUUCGAUAGAUCCCUUAUUUCUUUCUUUCUUCCAGCAUUCAAUCAAUUCUUUGUUUCAUUCAUCCGUCUUUCAUCGAUCUGUCUUUUCAUUCAUGAUUUUACUUUUUCUCUUUAACCGAUUUAUCUUUCUUUAUUUCUUUCUUUCUUUCUUUCUUCUUUCUUUCUUUCUUUCUUUCAUCCAUCUUACGAUUCUUUCUUUCUUUCUUUCUUCCAUCCUUCGAUUCUUUCUUUCUUUUUUUUUUUUUUUUCGUUCUUUAUUUUUUCUUUCUUAUUCAAUCCCUUUAUUUCAUUUCCGUCUUUCUUCCUUUUCAUUCAAUCAAUUCUUUUUCUUUCUUUCUUUCUUUCUUUCUUUCAUCCAUCUUACGAUUCUUUCUUUCUUUCUUUCUUCCAUCCUUCGAUUCUUUCUUUCUUUCUUUUUUUUCGUUCUUUUUUCGAUAGAUCCCUUAUUUCUUUCUUUCUUCCAGCAUUCAAACAAUUCUUUCUUUCUUUCUUUCUUUCUUUCUUUCUUUCUUUCUUUCUUUCUUUCUUUCUUUCUUUCACCCAUCCAUUCCUAUUAUGUAUCUCACUAUUCAUCUAUUAGACCGGCACUCUGUCUCUGUACUCAGCGAUAUCUAUCUAUGUAUGUAAGCUUGUUCAGAUCUAUCUAUCUAUCUAUCUAUCUAUCUAUCUUUUCAUAUAUGCCUGUGUAUAAUCUUUUUAUAUCUAUCUCAUUCUUCGUUGUCCCCGACGUUGUCCCCGUGGUUGUCUUCGUCGUUGUCUUCGUCGUUGUUCCCGUCGUUGUCUUCGUCGUUGUCCUCGUCGUUGAUCUCGUCGUUGUUUUCGUCGUUGUUCUCGUCGUUGUUUUCGUCGUUGUCCUCGUCGUUGUCUUCGUCGUUGUCCGUCGUUGUUGUCGUUGUCUUCGUCGUUGUCUUCGUCGUUGUCUUCGUCGUUGUCCCCGUCGUUGUCUUCGUCGUUGUCUCCGUCGUUGUCCCCGUCGUUGUCUUCGUCGUUGUCCCCGUCGUUGUCUCCGUCGUUGUCCUCGUCGUUGUCUUCGUCGUUGUCUUCGUCGUUGUCCCCGUCGUUGUCCCCGUCGUUGUCUUCCUCGUUGUCCCCGUCGUUGUCUUCGUCGUUUUCUCCGUCGUUGUUGUCGUUGUCCCCGUCGUUGUCCCUGUCGUUGUCUUCGUCGUUGUCCCUGUCGUUUUCUUCGUCGUUUUUUCCGUCGUUGUCCCUGUCGUUGUUCCUGUCGUUGUCUUCGUCGUGGUUUUCGUCGUUGUCCUCGUCGUUGUCAUCGUCGUUGUCCCUGUCGUUGUCUUCGUCGUUUUCUCCGUCGUUGUCUCUGUCGUUGUCCCCGUCGUUGUCCCCGUCGUUGUCCCCGUCGUUGUCUUCGUCGUUGUCUCUGUCGUUGUCCCCGUCGUUGUUCCAGUCGUAGUCUUCGUCGUGGUUUUCGUCGUUGUUCCCGUCGUUGUCCCCGUCGUUGUCUUCGUCGUUGUCCCCGUCGUUGUCUUCGUCGUGAAGGCGAUUUCUUUCUUUCUUUCUAUCUAUCUAUCCAUCUAUCUAUUUAUCUAUCUAUCUAUCUAUCUAUCUAG